UUCUUAUUAUUUGGUUAAUUUCGACUGUGAGAAAAAAGAGAGAUUGUUUCUGUUUUUGUCUGCUGCCAUAAUCACAUGUUUAUUCCUUGCCGAUCAUCGCCGCCUUCCUCUCUCCCUCCCUCACUCACUUCCCCCGUCAUCACUCCCAACAAAAAUUCCAAUCCAAAUCAAGCAUUUCCUCAAACCCUUAAACCCCUUCGGAUCCUCCCCAAUCCCCCUUCUCUACCCACACAAGUUUAUGCUCAGUCUUUCGCUUCACAAACCAGUGAAAUGAUGUCAACCCAAUUUCCCCAUCGAUUCCAGUCCUGAAAGAAAAAAUGGAUUUCGUCGAACUAGAAGCGAUCGAGGGCCUCCGGUGGACGUGGAACGCAUGGCCGGUGACCAAACCCGGGGCCGCAGCCCUGGUGAUCCCUCUCUCGAUCAUGUGCACGCCGCUGAUGCAGCUCACCGACCUCCCCCUCCUCCCUUACGACCCUCUCGUCUGCGCCGGCCCCCAGUGCGGCGCCGUUUUGAACCCCUACGCCCGCGUCGACUACCAGUCCCGGACCUGGGUCUGCCCCUUCUGCUACCGCAAGAACGCCUUCCCCCGAUCCUACACCGGCAUCGGCGAGCACAACCUCCCCGCCGAGCUUUUCCCGACGUACAGCACGGUUGAGUACCAGUUGGUGAACCCUAACCCUAGCUUGAAUUUGAGUUUGAGUGGAAAUUGGAGUAAAAACGCUAACCCUAGUUCGAGUUUGGAUUUGAGUGGAAAUUGGAGUAAAAACCCUAACCCUAGUUCGAAUACGAAUUUGAGUGGAAAUUGGGGUAAAACCCCUAACCCUAGUUCGAAUGCGGAUUUGAGUGGAAAUUGGUGCAAAAACCCUAACCCUAGUUCGAAUGCGGAUAUGAAUGGAAAUUGGGGUAGAAACCCUAACCCUGGUGCGAAUUUGAAUUUGAGUGGAAAUUGGAGUAAGAACCCUAACCCUGGUUCGGAUUCGAGUUUGAGUGGAAAUUCGGGUAAAAACCCUAACCCUAGUUCGAAUUUGUGUUUGAGUAGGAAAUGGGGUAAUAAUGGGUUGACAUCGUUGGAUUCGUCGUUUUCGAGGUCUUCUAGUGCUUCUUUGGCGGGGUUGGAUGCGAGGAAGGUGGGGGUGGGGCCGGCGUUUGUGUUUGUGGUGGAUGUGUGCACGUCGGAAGAGGAGAUCCGGGCACUUAAGAAUGAAUUGUUGCUAGUUGUUUCGCGGUUGCCGGAGAAUGCUUUGGUAGGGUUGGUGACUUUUGAUGGGAUGGUUAGGGUUUAUGAUUUGGGGUUUUCAGAGUGUUUGCGGGUUCUGGUGCUCCAUGGCGAACGAGAGCUCUCAUCUGAUCAGACCCAAAAAUUAAUGGGGAUUCAUCAUAUAAAGCAUCUACAACUUGGAAAGGCACCGGCUAAUCAAAAGCAACGCUUUCUGUUACCAGUAUCUGAGUGUGAGUUCAAUCUCACCACUGUAAUUGACGAUCUCCAUUCUUCACCACCAGUCACGCCUGGCCAUCGUCCUCACCGGUCCACAGGAGCUGCAAUUUCAGCUGCUGUUGGACUUCUAGAAGGAUGCUCAAUUAACACAGGGUCCCGGAUCUUGGUCUUCACAUCUGGGCCCGCAACUGUGGGCCCUGGGAUGAUAGUUGAGUCGGAUAUGGGUAAUGCCAUUAGAACUCACAGAGAUCUGAAUAGUGGUCAUGCGGCUAACCACAGAAAGUCUAGCGAGUUCUAUAAGCGAUUAUCAGGGCGGUUAAUGGAUGCAUCUAUCGUUCUUGAUUUGUUUGCUUGUUCUUUGGAUCAAGUUGGAGCAGCUGAGCUAAGGGCUUCUGUUGAGAACUCUGGUGGAUUCAUGAUGUUAGGGGACUCAUUUGAGUCGGACCAAUUUAAGAAAUGCUUGCGUCACUUAUUUAAUUGUGACAAAGAUGGGAAUUUGAAGAUGUGUUUUGAUGCAACUAUUGAGAUAGUGACCACAAAAGAUGUGAAGAUUUCUGGAGCCCUUGGUCCCUGUGUUUCCCUUAGGCAAAAGAACAGUUCAGUCAGCAAUAAGGAAAUUGGUGAGGGCGGCACCAAUAUGUGGAAGUUGGGUACACUCACUAAUAAAACAUGCAUUGUUUUCUUCUUCCAAGUAGGCGAUGAACAGAAAGCACAGCCCAAUUCUGCAUUCUUGAUACAGUUUAUAACACGUUACCGAAGUGGAAACAUGGGAAUCCGGAAAAGGGUGACAACAGCUGCUAGAAGAUGGAUGGGGACUCACUCACCAGAAAUUGCACCUGGGUUUGAUCAAGAAGUUGCGGCUGCGGUCAUGGCUAGACUUGCCAUCCGUAAAGCAGAGAAGGAUUUUGCAGAAGAUGUUAUUAGAUGGCUGGAUAAUACGCUUGUACGAUUUGCUUCUAAGUUUGGAGAUUAUAUGCCGGAAGAUCCAUCUUCAUUCCGCCUAUCAUCAAAUUUCUCCAUGUUCCCACAAUUUAUGUACCAUUUGAGGAGGUCCCAGUUUAUUGACGUUUUCAACAGCAGUCCUGAUGAAACUGCCUUUUUCCGGUUGAUGUUGAACAGAGAAGGGGUGGUGGGUUCUCUUAUUAUGAUUCAACCCACUCUUUUCCAAUACUCUUUUGAUGGGCCCCCUGUUCCUGUCCUCUUAGAUGUUUGUUCAAUCUCCUCUGAUGUAAUUCUGCUGUUUGAUUCAUACUUCCAUGUGGUUAUUCACUAUGGUUCUAAGAUUGCUCAGUGGAGAAAACUUGGCUAUGACAAGGAUCCAAACCAUGAGAGUUUCAGAAAGCUGUUGGAAGCCCCAGAGGUUGAUGCAGAGCUACUGGUGGCUGAACGGGUCCCGGUGCCCAAGCUUGUAAAAUGCGACCAGCACAGUAGCCAGGCUAGGAUUCUUUUAGCGAAAUUGAAUCCAUCUGUUACACAGAAUUCUACAUACAAGGAUGGUUCGGAAAUUAUAUUCACUGAUGAUGUAAGCUUGCAAGUAUUUAUUGAACACUUGAUGGAUCUGGCGGUUCGGGGGUGAUUGUUUGGUGUACAGAAUUCCCUAUUUCCCAUAGUCAGAACGAAAGAAUCGCUUUAUCCUGAUUUCACUGUACAAGUAUCAAAUUGUCCUCCGGAAGAUGUCCUCUAAAAUGUGAGGAUUGCAUAUGCAUUUGUCAACAGCUUCAAGUGAUUCAGCUAGAAUUUUCAGCCUGAGUUCGGUGCUAAAGCCAAUGUGGAUCAGAUUCGGGAUUCUAAAGCUCGAUUCACCCUCGAUGAGGAGUAUGAUCAGAAUUUCUCACCGCAAUUGAUUCAGAACCAUUGUUGUGCCACCUAUUUUGGGGAUGCUCACCUGUUGUUUGAAAUUGGAAACAUUCUGCUUCAUGAUCAGAACCAGGUAAUUUGGGUGUCCCCAUGAGAAAAUUGAUGUUGUGAUAUAGUGUGUUUCUUUCUUUUCAAAAAAAAAAGUGUGUUUCUUUACCUGUCAAGGGCAGUGUUGAUUUUGUAUACAAAGUAUGUUCAUUAGUCAUGUGAACAUCGAUUUGAAAGGAAAGUGCAGAUAUACAAAUGGAAGUGUAGAAUCACUUCUCUUACAAAUUGAAUGGGGAUAAUAGUUUGCAUUUC